CACGGCAGAACAAAGCAAACCACGGCAAAAGAAAGCGAUCUCACGGCAAAAUAAAUCAAACUCGCGGCAGAACAAAGCAUCUCACGGCAAAGAAAGCAAUCCCACGGCAGAAUACAACGAACUCACGGCAGAACACAACGAACACGGCAGAACACAACUACGACCUGGCCCACAAGGGUCACGGCAAAUUAAAAAAAGCCACGGCAUAAAACAAAAAAUUACGGCAGAACAAAGCAGACUCACGGCAAAAGAAAGCAACUCCACGGCAGAACUCACGGCAGAACAAACAAAAGUAAAUUGCCACGGCGGAAGUGAAUUACACGGCGGAAGUGAAAUACACAGUAGACCGCUGACAAAAGAUUCUGGGCUCAUGGUUGCGCUAAAGUCCCAGUCUUCCUCCAUUUGCAAAUUCAAAAUGGCGGACAGCGAAAGCGAAGAUCAGGAAAGAACCAUCAUAACACAAUUAUUUCACCUUGGGCAUAGUUAUGAUGACAUUGUUGGACUACUGUCGAAGUGUCAUGGGAUAAAUAUCAGCGUCAGAACGCUGAAAAGACGUCUUAAAGAUUGGGGGAUGUCAAGAAGAUAUCUUGAGUAUGAUCCAAAUACCGUUAGAUCUGCUAUUACAGAACUUUUGGAUGGACCAAAUUCGAUUGUUGGAUAUCGGUCAGUUUGGCAUAAUCUUCGAAUGAAGGGUAUACUGGUACCACGUGUAGUUGUUCAAGAAAUGCUGAAAGAAAUCGACCCAAAUGGAGUUGAAUUGAGAAAGGCCCAUAAGCUGAAAAGAAGAGUUUAUCGUAGCUUAGGGCCAAAUAGUACUUGGCAUGCUGAUGGCUACGAUAAACUUAAGCCAUACGGCUUUCCUAUGCAUGCGUGUAUCGAUGGUUUCAGUCGCAAAGUCAUUUGGUUGUAUGUAACUCGAUCUAAUAAUUAUCCUGACAACAUUGCUUCCUAUUAUCUGGACGCCGUCAAACAACUUGGUGGCUGUCCCAGAGAAUGGUACUAUGGCCGGUAUACAUUAUAUGUUGCAUCUCCACGAAAUCAAAGAAUUGAAUGCUGGUGGAGCUUUCUUAGAAAAAAUUGGUCAACAUGGUGGAUGAAUCUUUUCAAAGACAUGAUAGAGAAAGCAGUACUCAACACAGCAGACAAGCUUCAUUUAGAGUGUCUUUGGUUUUGUUUUGCUGAACUACUUCAAAACGAUCUGAAAAGAGUGGGUGAUUCAUGGAAUACUCACUAUAUAAGGAAAUCCCGCCAUGAUACUGUAGCAGGAAGACCUGAUGCAAUUUUCCACCUUCCUGAAAGUUACGGGGGUAUUGAUAAUUUACUUGUACCAGUUUCACAACAUGAUAUGAGUUAUGCUUACACUCAUCUUGUACAACAGGACGAAGAUGAUGAAUACCAAGAAUAUUUUCGUUAUGUUCUUCACAGUCUCAAUAAGAAGAAACCUGAACACUGGAGAGAAGCAUUACAGAUGUAUGAAGAGUUGUUGCACAUUGCAGUUAAUGGUUGUUAAGUUACAUUAUUUUAUAAGGAACGAUUGAGAAACAACUUUCAAAAACUCAUUAAUUAUUCAUGAGGUAUUCAACCAAUCCCUGUUUGUAAUUUGUACCACGUGAAGUAACUUGAAACCAGAGGUAGUACUCGUACCAUUGUCGGCCUUUAAACAUUACGUAAAACAAGGUCGAACCCCUCCUUCCCAGUCCCCUCCAUAAAGGAAACAAUUCAGUAAAAACCCACUUGCAAGAUUCAACCAGUUGAUUAAAAAGCACUAGGCCAGAAAAAGAAUUAUAAGUCACUGAGGUUCUCAUAUAAAGGGUGUCAAGAUCAAGUUGACUGUAAAUGAAACAUUAGGUUAUGUUAGCAAAAGGAAAACAUGCCUAUUUCAAAAAUGGUUGUCAGAGGAGAUUGCAUAACCAAAAGGUUACAACCACUUAAAAGCUGUUCGACACACAAAUUUGAGCUUCUUGAAAUUGCACGAAAAUGAACACUAAAAAGAGGUUAAGGUUAACCACAUACUAUCUUGUCAUUAUUUCAUAGAAAUGACUGCUUUUAACCAUGCAAUCACCAUGUGACAAUUGCCAUUUUAUCUUGCAGCUUUUUUGAAAAUAGGUAUAUACUGUCACAUGAUUUACAAUUUAAAGGUUACUGUUCACAAAUGUGACAUCAAGGCCUUGCAACACUGAAUAAUUCCCAUGAUUUAAAAAUCUGUUUAUAAGUUAAUGCCUUAAUCAGAAUGGCACCAGCCUCAACACUAUUAUUGUGCAUGUGUCAAAAAGGUUAUGAUUUCUUAUAAUACUUCAUGAAUUACAGAUAAUGGAUAAUGAAAUAGACAAGUAUUACUAAAAACAAUAUUCUUUUAUUCUUAAAAAUCUAAUCAGCACUAUUUUAGCUGUAAUCAGUACUAUGUGUUUCAUGGAUGGAGUAUGCCCACUCUAAUCAAAUAUCAUUACAACUAAAUCAUAAUUUGCAACUUCUAAAUUAAGAACAGGAACAAACAACAAUAACAGAUAAAGCAUUCAUCAAGGCUCAUCAAAUUAGCUCAUAUAUCUUUCUGUGCACAAUCUAUAUAAACAAGGCCAAAUACAGGGGUGCCGGAACCGGGGUUGGGGGUGCUAGAGCUGCCUCAAUAAGUUUUGAUUUCUUCUGAAUUACUUUAAGAUUUAAAAAGAAAAAUACAGAUAAAAAGCAAAAUAUAGCUAAACAUAUAUAGAAAAACUACAAAUGCAUAGCUUAGCCCACACCCUCGCCCCCAAUCAAAAAAAUGCUCCGGCAUCCCUGAAAUAGCCUAAGUGUCCUGUAUAUGCACUUGUUUAUUAAAGAUAAUUAUAAAGGAAAUACUGAUUAGGCAGUGUCGCAAGACAGUACUUAGCUGUUAACUUUCAUAUUGAAGCAUUAUGAAAUCACAAAAUCAAUUUGUUCAGUAAAUCUGUUCAGUGUAACUACCCAAAUUUCAAUAUGGCCAGGACCAAUUUUUACAUUAUGUUUCAGCUGGUGUUUCACCGCUAAACAAAUGAGGUUUUGAACCAGGUCCCCCUUACCUCCUCGCAUUUUCGACCUUUCUGCUUGAGUGAGCACUGAUAUACUUGAACCAAAUUCAACUUCGAUAGAGUGAACGCAAUGAACCCGUGAAAUACAUAUUUGACUAUUUAUUACUUUUCUUUUGUGUCUAUUUGACUAUUACAGUAUUAACUUUUACUUCACAGGUUCAAUGCAUUCACUCUAAACAAUACCAUCUACCAAUAACUUGAGCAUAAUAAUUUGGCUGGUGAGAACACAACCAUAAAAUGACAUUGUAAUUAUGUCUUACUAGUCAAAACUAAUGGAAAUAAAAGCCAUGAACAUUAAA